CACCCAACAGCACGUUUUCUGCUGUAAUAAUAACUGGAUUGUCUGGGACCUUUUUGCCGAUCAAGAGAAGGGAUUCGUAUAAUCCAAGUGCCCCCCCCCCCCCCCCCUUACCCCUUUUUCAUAAUGGCCUCGACGUCUGUUGGUGAGAAUCAGCUGCAGAGGAUAAUCAGAGACCUGCGUGAUGCUGUGUUGGAGUUGAUAAAGGAGCACAAUGAGUGUGGUGAGCCCAUAACAGACGACAGCUCCAAUUUACACAAGUUCUCCUACAAACUAGAAUAUCUGCUCCAGUUUGACCAGAAAGAAAAGACAACCUUCCUCGGCCAGAGGAAAGAUUACUGGGAUUACUUCUCUGACUGCCUCUCCAAGAUCAAGGGAGUGAAUGAUGGCAUUCGCUUUGUUAAGUCCAUCCCUGAGCUGAAGACCUCACUGGGGAAGGGAAGGGCCUUCAUCCGCUACUCUCUGGUUCACCAACGUCUCGCUGACACACUGCAGCAAUGUCUCAUCAACCAUAAGGUCACAAGUGAGUGGUAUUACGCCCGUAGCCCCUUCCUCAAGUCCCACCUUACUGCAGACAUCAUCAACCACCUCUACGAGCUCAACCAGGUCCUCUUUGAUGUGGCAUCCAGGGGCCACGAUCUGGAUGCUGAUUGGCCAACUUUCGCCAGGAGAACAUUAGGAGUUAAUUCACCAGCAUAUCUGUGGAAACCCCCCAGUCGAUGCUCCAGCAUCAACAGCCUGGCCAGCAACUAUUCACACUCGCAGGUGGUGGAGUUCCCCCCCAACCUGGAGAUGGGCCACAGCCUACUGGGUGACCUGGGUGAGCUGGGAGAGCCCUCCUCCUCUGCGGCGGACGCGCUGCGGCUGGAGCUCAACCGCUCGGAGCUCCGGCAGCAGGCCCUGCUCGCGCAGGCCCAGGCGUCCGACCGAGAGGCCGUCGAGCUGCGGGCGCUGGUGGCGAACCUCCGCGGCCAGCUGGCGGAGCGCCGGAGGGGUUCCGAGCAAGCCCCGUCCUCCGAGCCCAACGCGACCCCGGAGGAGUCCACUCAGGAGAACGCGAGCUACCUCCGGCUCACCAGCAACGCCGGCGACGGCGCGCUUCAAGAGCGACUGAGCACGGCGGAGAACAAGAACGUGGAGCUCUUGGGCAAGCUGGGCGGGGCGCUCAGCGAGAAGGGACAGCAGACCGCCAGCUACUGCGACUCGGCCUUGAAGAUCCAGGAGCUCAUAGACCAGCUGAAGGCGGCCGAAGAGGAGAGGCUGGCGGCUCGGAGGGAGGCCGACGACUGGGCCAAGCGGGCCCAGCAGGUGAUCCACAAGCUGAAGCUCAGGGAGGAAGAGACGCGGAGGUCGAGCGAGGAGAAGCUGGCCAAGGUGAAGGCCGCGGCCCGCGGGGAGCAGGAGCAGGUGCUCAAGCGGCUGGAGGACCUCCAGGGGGUCGUGGGUCGGAUCGAGGGGGCGCUGACGCUGAAGGAGAAGGAGGCGGGGAACCUGCGGUCCCAGCUGCAAGACCUGCAGGCCUCGCUGGAGCACCGGGAGCGGCAGGCGGAGGAGCUGAAGAAGAGGCUGCGGGAGGAGCGACGAGACGUGACGUGGAGGAGCAGCAACAGCCAGAAUGAGUUCCUGGACAGCCAGCUGCUGGACUUGAGAGAGAAGCUGAAAGACCGAGAACAGGAGUUGGCCCAUAGCUCGGAGCGAGUGAAGUACCUGGAAGCCGUGGUGGAGAAGCUGGACGUGGCGAAAAAACACUUGAACGCUGGGAACGACGUUUUUCCCAUCGAUCAGUCCAAGAUUCUGGAGGACUACAAAUCCCAGUGCGCCAGUCUCAUGGAGAUAAACGCGAAGCUGCUGCAAACUGUGAAACGGAGUGAGGCGAGCAACCGAGAACUGUCUGAGAGCAGGGCGGCCAUGCGGGAUCAACUGGCGUCUUUAACGGCCUCCCAGAACCCUCUGAAGGUGCAGGAGGAGGCCGCCAUGCUGAGCAUCGAGGAGAGGGAAACCAAACUCUUAGAGGCCAAUCAGCGUUUGGAGGAAGUGGUCCACAAGGCUCUCCUCCAGAGCGAAGCGUCUGACGCCACCUUGAAGAGGCUGGAGCGCGAUAACAAGGAGAUUAUGGAGACUCAAUUGUCCUUGAAGAAGCAGUUGGCCUCCACUCAAGGGUACCUCGACGCGAUCGCCACAAAGGAGACCCAGCUCGGAGGUCAGCCGCUCCCGUGCGAUUUCCCGCCGUCCAGGGCCGAGGUGACGCGGAGCGACGGCAGGAAGACGGACGGCGAGAAGAGCACCGCGGAGAAACCGGAGAAGGCGCAGAAGCUCCACAACGCGCACCACCACGCCUCCCACCCGGACGCCGGCAGGAGACACCUGCUGGCGGAGGCCCAGCUGGAGCUGAACCUCAGGGAGGUGACCACGCUCCAGGACGAGGUGGUGGAGCUGCGGGCCCAGCUGCUGGCCGGCGCCGCCGAGCGGAUGAAGGUGCAGGCGCUCCAGGAGGUGACGGAGGCCUCCCGGGAGGACCUCCGCAUGCUGGUGGAGCAGCUCAAGGCCCAGGUGGAGGAGCUGAACCGCCGGCACGUGGACGAGAUCCUCCACUCCCGGGAGCGCGAGGACACCCUGGGCCGCCAGCGCGACGGCGAGGCCCGGGUGAGGGACGACCUGGCGGCGGAGGCGGCGGCCUCCCGCGAGGAGCUCCGCGGCCUCAAGCUGCGCUACGAGGCGGCGUGCGUGGAGAGCGCCGAGGCGGCCGAGGCCCUGCACCGGGCCAACACGGAGACGGCGGAGCUGGGCGUGCACGUGUGCACGCUCAGCGCCGAGAAGGAGGAGGCCCGCCUGCGCUGGGAGGCGCUGUCGGCCAAGCUGCGGGACCUGGAGGAGGAGGCGUCGCGGGAGGCGCAGAGGCUCAGCGCCCGGAUGGAGCAGCUGAGCCGGGAGAACCGGCGGCUCUCCGAGCGGCUCGGCGAGGAGCAGGGAACGGGGGGGCGGAGCGGGCCCCCGGAGGAGGAGGAGGAGGCCCCGCAGGAGACGGAGACCCAGCGGGAGAGCUGCCAGACCGUGAGCCAAGCCAACCUGCCGCAGGGUGUGAAUGAGGAGCUUCAGGAGUUGAGGUCACAGCUGGGGGUCGAGCGCGAGAAGGGGGUGCUUCUGGAGAGCGAGGUCAAACAGCUGGAGGCGGAGAAUCGGCGGUACGGCGAGCAGAUUGAAGGGAAAAGCGCGCAGAUGUCUCAAUCUCAGCUCCUCGUUCAGCAGAGGGAUGAGGAGCUGAACCAAAUGAAGGGGAAAUUAUUGAGGACGGCAGAGGGCUUGGCAAUGGCGGAGAAGUCCUGCGAGGAGAUGAGCGACAGACUCAGAAGAGCCAAUCAGGAACAACAGAGCAGAGACGUGAAGACGGCCGCCGAGCUGGACGACCUAUACCGCACCAAGAUCAACCUGGAGGAGCGACUGAUAGAGCUGAUCAGGGACAAAGAUGAACUGUGGCAGAAGUCGGACGCCCUGGAGUUUGAGCAGAAGCUGCGGGAGGAGGAGACGGAGCGCGACGUCAACCACUGCCUGGACUGCCACAGCCAGUUCAGCUGGUGGCUCCGCAAGUACACCUGCAGGCUGUGUGGGCGUCCCUUCUGCUACUACUGCUGCAGCAACACCGUGAGCACCCUGCAGGCCGGCGGCGGCGGCGGCGGCGGCGCAGCAGGCAACAGGGAGCGCUGCUGCCGGCACUGCUACGACCAGCACAGCGCGGUGGUGGAGCGCCACCCGCAGGAGCAGGACGCCAACGCACCCGACGCCCCCUUCGGCGCCCUGCCGCAGCCGGGCGAUCGGGCGGCAGCAGGAGGGGACGACGGCGUCUUUGACAUCAUCACAGAGGAGGAAGUGAGCGGCGUGUACGACAGCGACUCACUCUCCUUCUCCACCGCCUGCUCUCCCGGACACGGCCAGGAGGGGGCAGCACAGCUGAGCGGUGCCGGUGCUGAAGACCCCCCCCCCGCUGCCGCCGUGGUGGUGGAGCCCCUGACGGAGGAGCCCGAGGAGGCCAUGGCCCCUGCGGUGCAAGACGCCGAAAUCUGUCUGCUCAAGGCCGGGGAACUCACGCUCUCGGCCCCCUACACCCUGGAGGACAUCGAGGGCUUCGGGGACGCGUCCCGGGAGCUGUUCGUCCGCUCCAGCUGCUACAGCGUGGUCCCCAUCACGGUGGGCCCCGUGGGGCCCCAGGACGGGCCCACCGUCACCUGGGUGUUCACCUCCGAGCCCAAGAGCAUCUCCUUCAGCGUGGUGUACCGCGAGGACCCCCUCACGCCCCCGGAGGAAGCCAAGGUCCUGAUCCCCCUGACCCGCUGCAACUCCCACAAGGAGACCAUCCAGGGGGAGCUGAAGGUCCGCCUCCCCGGGGAGUACACCCUGGUGUUCGACAACUCCUUCUCCAGGUUCAUAUCCAAGAAAGUGCUGUAUCGCCUGAGUGUGGCCAAGCCUGUGGUCUACGACGGAAGCGACUGUCCGUGAGAAGGCGAAAAAGAAGAGGAGGGGGGAGAGAGAGAGAGAGAGAGAGAGAGAGAGAGAGAGAGAGAGAGAGAGAGAGAGAGAGAGAGAGAGAGAGAGAGA